UUAACUUCUAGUCUCGGAAGCAGGCGAUUAAUAUGUCCAGCGGUAACAAAGGGGAAGUAAUUAUGCCCAAAAGCCCAAAAGCCUAAUUUUGCAAUGCACAAAAAUUAUAGGACUAAUUGGAUUAUUCAAAUAUAGGCAAAAUUGUAUCCUUUUAUGAGUUAUCACAGUCACAUUUUCGCUUCAAUUUCGUGCUAUAAACGUCAUUCCGCAAAAUUAACCGUCAACCGUCAUAUGACUUAAACUUUAACAGUCAACCGUCAAAGGGACCCUCCAGCCAUUGACGCCCCCUAUCUCUAUAAGGCUUGUCCUAGUGUGAUUUAAAAUCAACGUUUCUGCUUACCCGAGGGAACUAGUAAUAGAAAAAUAGUGCUACAAAAUUUAAUGCAGUUAUAGUUUAGCUAUUUAUUAGUUUAGUUACAGCUAAGCUAUUUAUUAUUUACUCAUUCUUAGACAAACGCCGUCGGGUUUGUCAGGAUGAAGCGAUGACAAUAACCUGCCCUGCUGCAAAGAGGAUCGAAAUUGUGAGUGCAUUGCAUGGACGCACAAAGCAAGGAGUGUGUGGACAUAAGGGGAACAUAAACUGUGGCAAUGCUAAAAAGUCAAUGAAGGUGGCUAAGCGAGAGUGCCAGGGACAGCCCAACUGCACUCUGCACGCUGGAAACUCGGCCUUUGAAGACCCGUGUGAAGGGACCGUGAAAUAUCUUGAGGUGGGCUCAAAGCGAGUAUAUUCUUUUAAGAGAUUUUUAGUUACAGCUAAGCUAUUUAUUAUUUACUCAUUCUUAGACAAACGCCGUCGGGUUUGUCAGGAUGAAGCGAUGACAAUAACCUGCCCUGCUGCAAAGAGGAUCGAAAUUGUGAGUGCAUUGCAUGGACGCACAAAGCAAGGAGUGUGUGGACAUAAGGGGAACAUAAACUGUGGCAAUGCUAAAAAGUCAAUGAAGGUAGCUAAGCGAGAGUGCCAGGGACAGCCCAACUGCACUCUGCACGCUGGAAACUCGGCCUUUGAAGACCCGUGUGAAGGGACCGUGAAAUAUCUUGAGGUGGGCUCAAAGCGAGUAUAUUCUUUUAAGAGAUUAUAAAGGGUAACAGAGUUAAUCCCCCAUAUAGGCCUUAUUCCUACUAAGGUAAUCCAUUUCAAGAUGUUUUUGGAUCACUAAUCCCAGAUAACUGAAAUUCCAGGACGGUCUAGAAAUAGCCAAUCCUGUAACACAAAUCACGUGAAUAGCCCAAGCGCAUUUUCGCUCUUCACGAAAACAUCUUUACAAUGCGCGUGGUAACGUUAGUCGGAAAAGAAUUGGAUACCUUAUCUAACAAAACCUUGAGAGAUAUUAACCUGAAAAUAUGGCCUUUAUAAGGGAUUUACUCUCUUACCCUGGCAUCAGCUCUUUCAGUUGAGUUCCAGUCAAAACAGGUUAUUAAAUAUAAGAAAUUUUAAAGAAUAUUAAUAAAUAGGCAGGUAUAAGUUAAUCUAAGCAGUUGAUUGUCAAAACUCAGAAUCGUAACUGCAUUUUCUUGACCUGCCUGCUUGCCAACAGGCUUAUCUUAUGAGUGAGAGAGGCCCCAAACAAAAGCUCACUCAGUCGCAAAACAAAAAAAAGCUUAAACAAAUUUUCUUAUCCAAGCUGGGUAUAGAUAUAUUACCAAUCUACAGGUAAAGUAUGAGAACGUACAUAACACAGCACUUUUUGAUGAAAGCUUGUUGUUGAGGGUUUGCGAAGGCACUAAACAAACAAUUGAUUCAUUCCGAAGCUCGGUGUCCCAUUUGACUCAUGAAAAACAAAACAAAUGUGGUGGGAAUUCUAAAUUCUUUUCUACCGCCAUUGACAUCACAUCAGCUUUUGUCCGCAGUCUAUUUGGGUAUUUUAUAACUUUGAUGAUUUUCCGUCCGUCUUGAUUUUUUUUUCUUCCAAACCAGUCUAACUGAACAUACCUAAAAAAUCGGUUGAAAAGUAGUUUGUGAAACGUCAUGCCCUGCGAAACCUAUGGAGGCCAUUCAAUUUCCAGACCAAGGGAUGAAAUUUCCAGAAAUGAAGAAACCAAAAACUGUUCAAAGGCAAACUGUAACAGUAAAAUGAUGCCCCUAACUUGAUCCCAAGAUUGAAUCAGUUAAUUUUUAAAAUUAUCAUCCAUCUACUCCUGCUCCUGUUCCUCUUCCCAGUUCUCCCCCUCCUCUCUUCUCUUCCUCCAACUCAUCAUCAUCAUCAUUAUUAUUGUCUGUCUCUCCCUUCUUGCUGUUUCCAGUUAUCUGCAGGUAUUUACCGGUUGGGGUUUAGACUCACGCCCAAUCCUCAACCUGCUGGCAGGGUUUCUCUGCAGGGUUCGUCCUCCCCCUCACCCUCGAAAACAGGUUCCGGUUUCCGUUUCCGGUUUAGACAGUAAUUUUGCACAUCGCGGAUCCUGCGAGAGGCAAGAUCUAACUUUUGCCGUCUACUGUUUGUACACGAACUUUGAUGAGUAUUUUUGUUGUAAACAAGUGAAAUAUCUCCUAUUUUUUGAUGAAUUAUUUAAUAAUCCGAGGAAACGUAAACACAAUGAAAGGCAAUCUGACGUUUGUUAUUGUCUCGAGGGCUCA